UUUGCACGGUCGAGAAAUGUCAUUGGAGGAGCUAUGCGGCCUCAAAGCCUUUCUGAAAACUACAAACUGGUCAAAUUCCAUGAGGCAGAUAAGCGAGCAUGACUUCCAAGAGAUCACCAGCAACUUCAACAACCCGUACCGACUGAUGGCUCCAGUCCCUGGCACACCAGACUUGACGAAUGCAAGUUUGAAGAUUGAUCACGGAACCACCGCCCUGGGGUUUGUGUACCAGGGCGGGAUUGUCCUCUGCGCGGACUCGCGGUCAUCGAGUGGCAUAAACGUGACCACCCAGACAAUGGACAAGAUCGUGCCGGUCAGCAGUCAGAUUGUGGGGACUCUGGCUGGCGGGUCGGCCGACUGCACGUACUGGUAUCGGGUCCUGGCCCGCGAGAGCCGCCUGCAUGAGCUGCGCUACAAGAGGCCAAUGUCCGUUGACGCUGCCGCCAAGAUGAUCUGCCACGUGUCGGAGAUGCACCGCGGAACGGGCCUGAACAUGGGCAUGCUGCUGGCUGGCUAUUCUCCAAAGGGUCCGUCCCUGGUCUACGUGGACUCUGACGGGGUGAACAUCAGUGGGAAGAGAUUUUCCGUGGGCAGCGGAGCGAGCAACGCACUGGGCAUCCUCGACCCGAUGUACCGCUUCGACCUGACUGACGAGGAGGCCUUCGAUCUGGCCCUCCAGUCGCUCUGCCAGGCAACCCUCUGUGACGCCUCCACGGGGGGAAUGGUGGUGCUGCACCACGUCGGGCCUGCGGCCCAUAGGAUUGUCCGCAAAGUGGACUGCAUGGAGCUACACAAGAAGUACAGCCUGGAUGCUCGGAAUUUCAGUUGAUUUUAGCUUCGUUUGUUUGUUUAAAACGCAAAAAUGUGUUUCUAA